AUGAAUUCCGCUGCGGCAGAUAUGUCCCACAAGAGGCUUGCCAAUCCAUGCGAGGGAGUCCAGGUGGGUGCCCUGGACGCCGUUAAGCCUCCUUCGGUGAAUCUCGAAUAUGGAUCUAUCUCGCUGGCGUAUUCAUCAGGUGCUGCCAGCACGAGCUGCAGCAGUGACAGCAGCAUGACCACCCUGCGAUCGCAUUCUGAGAGUUCCUUUCCUCUCACGGGGGGAGAGAGUCUGUUUCCCGCCGGUUUGUUGGCCGACACGCCGGCAGUCUCUCCCAGGCCUUCAGCCGCAGAUAUACGCAGGGAGGAGGAGCGCAGCGAACGGGCAGUAAACGCCAGCAGGAAUCGUUCCCUACAGCAACAAGACGCCACGCACGGCGCGUCAAGGGGCUUCGAGGGGCCUGCCUCUGAUUCUGAGAAGAAAAAUCUUCGCAUGGCGACACCAGACUACGGGCAGGAGCCACUUCACCUACCCACGUACUUGCGGCCUGCCUGCGCCGCUGCAGGAGGGAGCGUAGUCUCUUGCGCUCACAUGAAGCGCAUGCUUCCAGGAAUCUGCAUUUUAUGCACGGGGACAGCGGGUAGAUCACUGAACUGCAUGCAUUCAGGCAGCGGCGCUCUCGAUCGUGCGACACUGCAUUCGGUCGAUGACUGGAUUGCACAGUUGUUGCGCUGCCAGCCCCUCAAGGCGGAGGAGAUCAAAGCACUUUGUAAACUGCUCUCUGAUUUGCUGGUCAGCGAACCGAACUGCGUAUGCGUGCAAAGCCCCGUGACGGUUGCUGGAGAUAUUCACGGUCAAUUUUACGACCUUCUUGAACUCUUCAGAGUUGGUGGCAUGCCCCCCCAAGUGAAUUACCUGUUUAUGGGAGACUACGUUGAUAGGGGGUUUUACUCUGUGGAGGUCUUCUGCCUCAUCGCCGCGCUUAAGGUCCGGUAUCCGUACUCCAUGGCAGUGCUGCGGGGAAACCAUGAGAGCCGCAGCAUCACCGAGGUCUACGGCUUCUACGACGAGUGCCUCAGGAAGUACGGAGCUCAAGCUCGCGUAUGGGAGGCUAUGACCGAAGCCUUCGAUUUGCUGCCCCUCGCGGCUUCAGUGGACGGCAGCUACUUUUGCACUCACGGGGGCCUCAGUAGGGAGCUCCAAACCCUAGACCAGAUACAGCGCAUCGACAGACGUCAAGAGCCUCCGCCUGACGGCGGCAUGAGCGAGUUGCUGUGGUCUGAUCCUUUCGAUUUUCCCCCCGAGGGUCAGCCUGCGGAGGUUUCCAUCAAUGGAGAAGGAGACACAGACGGGAGCGGCCCCCAUGCAGCGACCCUUGAUGCCGAGGGCUGGGCCCCCAGCAGCCGAGGCGCGGGACUUCUGUGGGGCCAGGGCGUAACUGAGCGUUUCCUGCAUCUCAAUAACAUGCAAUGCGUUUGCAGGGCCCACCAGCUCGUCUCUGACGGUCAUCAGUGGAGUCACGAUUCAAAGGUGUGCACAGUGUUUAGCGCCCCCAACUAUUGCUACAGAUGUGGUAACAAGGCCUCCCUCCUUGUUUUGGAUGAACAAGGGGCUCGCCGGUUUCUUUCUUUUCGUCAUGCCCCUGAACGAGGAGACCCUGAGGUUGUCAGGACAUUACCGGGUUACUUCGUGUAA